CGUAUUGGAAUGCCAUGAGACGCUCCCGUACAACUCCCGCAACCGCGGAUCUCCUCGCGGGAGUAUCGGGCGGUGGAAGAUAUGCUCCAACUCCGGCACCGGUGGGGGCGUUGCAGCCUGAAGAUGACGGGAUCGCGGCGGCGUCCUUGAUUGUCCGUAACAUUGCAAGCUUCUUGACACUGUCUGAUGUAGCUUCGCUGACGACAAACGCCCCAACUUUCUCCUAUCCAACUUGGGACUCGUUGGACGUUCCAACCCCUGCCGAUUCCUGGGCGGUAGGUGUGGAGCUCGACCACGACAUCGAUGACAAUGAACUUUGCUCCUGGAGUAUUGCGACACCCUUGACACCCGCGCUCAUGGCUUUGUCCCCCGGUGCUACUCCCGUCAUGGAAUACGAUACGGACGAGUCUAGAAGCGAAGUCUUUCAAAACGUGUUGCAGGAACGGCGUCGAAGAUGGGCUCAAGACAAACUUUCACACGCCAUUUUCGCCCAUCCGCUACCCCUGCGCAACUAUUGCUGGGAAGCCUACGAAAAAGCUCAGGAGAUACGAACAACACAAGCAGAAAAAUGGCAAGAGCUGCAAAAACAUCGUGUUGAUCCCGAAACAUUCGUGGAACCAACUGGUUGUAUCGUCGAACUUCAGCACGCUCCCAAUCGAUUGAAACUCGUGAACGAUGCAAUCGACUUGCUCUUUCACAACGUGCCAUUGUCCGUACUGAUUGACGUUGUCGACGCCAUCGGUGACACAGCACUUGACUCAACUUUCGCAACGGUCAAACUUUCCGUUGCAGUCUUGAACCAUAUUGUGUCGGCUCUAGGUCGUCUAGUGCAAGGCCUUUGGCACGGGGUCACCAACUUCAAUCCAUUGCAGCUUUUGGAAACCAUCAUUUCGUUACAAUUCAACGCCAUGGGCAAGACCAGUGAAGCGCUGGUGGGAGGCAUACAAAGUGUUGCAACUGGUGUCGGGUCCGCUAGUAGUCUGGCUUUGCAUCGACUUUCAGCGGCCAAUUUAGCUGGACACACUUCCGUAUCCAACGCUUCGUUGCGCACCGGUGGUGGUGAGCACACUGGCGGUCUCUUUUCGCGCAAACGUGCUCCCAAACAGGCUACCGCGCUCAACCAAAAAACGCUUGAGAAGCUCAGCGCCAUCAACGCAGCCGCUCGGCUUGUCGACUACACCGAAACAUCGGACGAUACUGGUGGUUUGACACAACACGCCAAGUCUCGCGUCCAGCGGUCAAUGCACUAUAAUGUUUCCUUGCGCCCCUUCGUGGCGACCGUGGAAGCCCCUAGUCAGGGAAUCGCUCUGGAAGCCAACGACGGUGAACAAUCGCUGAAUUUUGACGCAUUUGACUUGCGGACUCGCUCGGUUAGUUUCGACGACAGCGUUCGACUGGGAAUAUCUCGGCCCUUAGAAUCACCCUCCUUGGACGACUUGGAGGAUAGCAGCAGCAGUUCGUUCCUGUGCACUCCCCAAUCUUUCCCAUCCACACCACACUCUAGACAAACGGUCAUGGCACAAUGGUGUCGCCGCGUGGAUGAUGCCAUUUUCAACGCCAGGGACAAACUUCGUGUUUACGAUGGCCUAGAGAGCUCCGACGAACGCACUCGCGGCAUGGCAGAAUUGCUCAGCGGCGGCAAGAAGCUUGCCGUCUUUGACGAUCAGGAUACGCACGGGAUUGAACUGACGUGUGGAAAGCACGUGGCGACCAAAGUCGGGUCCAUGUUGUAUUGCAAUGUUCGGAGUGCAGUGGCGAUAUUGCGCAAUAGCUUCGUGUACUCGGAAAUAACCGUAUUGCCCCGGCCUGUUACUGGGACCACACCGCCUUCUUCGAGUAUGGUGACGCUGUCGAUUGGUUUGGCGACCGCCGAAAUGCCGCCGAAUACCCUUGUGGGCGCCUGGCAAGGCUCUGCUGGUCUCUGUUCAACGGGACAAAUCUUGGCAGCAGGACAAUGGUGCACACCGAUUGAUCCGCGGCAAAGCGCUUACGGAGAAGGUACUACCGUAGGAUGUCUCGCGUUUUUGGAUGAAGAUUCCGCCUUGGAAACCUGGGAUGGUGUCAUGUUUCCCCGGUUGCAGGUUUGGGCGCAGCAGCAGUCAUGACUCCGAGCUUUGAUUCCGAGGAAGAUGAGGCAAUAGGAUACGACUCUAACAAAGCUUCAAAUAGCCAGAUUCUGUCGCUACUGGUUCCAUCCGCGGAAGACCUGUAUCCUACCAUUACUCUCCACAGUCCAGCAACGGCCGUCAUGUGCCGGUUUUCAGCCGAAGACGUUACAGCUGUGGACAGGGAAUGCAUCGGGGCGCCACCAGGUGUAGCCAUUUACGCUGCUGAUGGCAGUGUCAUUUUUGACGAAAGAGAUUAAAGAAUGUACAUAAAUGAGCAUGUAAAGUUUU